AUGAGUCUAUGCGCAGCAUCAACUCGGACGAGCUCUUCGGAAGCAUGCACGAGCCAUUCGACGAUUCGCAGCAGUAGAUUUUUCUUCACGGACGAGACAGUGAUCUUCAGGGUUAGCGAUCCCCAAGAAAACAAGGAUCACUUCUACCAAGUCCAUCGAUACUUCUUACAACGAGACUCUGAGUUCUUCCAUGGGAUGUUCUCGUGUCCUCCCGAGGACGGAGGCGCAGAAGGGAAAACAGAAGAGACUGCCAUCUUCUUGCCAGGAGCCACAUCAUACGAAAUGGACUGUCUGCUCUCGUUCCUAUACGACGGCAUGUACGAACAUGCACUCUGUCUGGAAGACUGGAUUGCCUUGCUAUCCAUAUCGACUCGUUUCGUCUUCGACAAGAUCCGCGAUCGAGCCAUCCGAGAAAUCAGCGCGCACGUUCCGGCUUUGGAUCCAGUCCAGCGUAUAUCUCUCGCAGUCAAACAUGACAUACCGGAAUGGCUUAUGACUGCCUACGUGGAGCUGUGUACGCGACCCAUACCGCUAAGCAAGAAGGAGGUGGAGGAACUUGGUCCUACCACUGCCGCUCGCCUUGCCCGUGCUCGAGAGGAUUUGAUGGGAACGCGCGGUGAAGCACCAUAUCGGACAGGCUUGUCGGCUAUAGCGAAUGCACCUCUCGGUGCAUGUGGCUGCAGGUCAUGCCGACAAGCACGGCGUGAAUCCGCCAUAAGCUCGGCUUUGAACAACUCAAAGACGGUGGCGGCCAUCAUUGAGCGUGCAAUGUCUUUAUCCCUAUCAUGAUGGCUCUGAGUCGCAUGCGUCUUAUCGU